AUGCAUCUCGUCUACCUGCUCUCUCAGGACGCAUCUUCAACGACGCUUUCUCGUAUCUGCGGCAUCAUCGGCUCUUACAAGCUGGCUUUUGAUGCGCACCCCAAGCCGGUCAAGACAUACUAUCCUGCGGAAGUCACAGAUGCGUUCAAUUGGUGUCUGCGCGACAUGUAUAAUCUAGUGUGGAUUUCCCGUGGUCUUCUCGUUCAGGACCAAAAGUCGAAGGGGUUGUACUGCGAUCCGAUACUGAGGGGGACACUGAACGAGUAUCUACGGAGAGUAGAUCGUGGAUACACUAUCGGGGCUGCGUUCACGUUGUCGUACAACGCGUGGUUGGCUUCGCUCUCUGCCGCGGCGUGGCGUGCGGUCGAGAAGAGGGAGGUUGGGAAGGUGGGUGAGAAGAAUGUCACACGGUAUCACGACGGACCUGUUACGGAAAAGAGUCUGGAGGUACUGAAGAGCAAAGGCGGUGUUGACGUCAAUUGGGAGGGCGCGGAUGGAUACAAAGUCAUGGUGCUGCAGUGGCUGACUGAGAGGGGGUUGGGUGGGAUUAGGGAUUUGAUGUUCGCUACUGUGAUCAACUUGAAGGCCCUCGACCAGGUAGCCCAUCAGACAAUCUGCGAUAGGAUCAAGAGGCUUGGUGACCUUAUUGGCAAAACCGAGCGUGAACUGGCCCCAUUGUGCGAGUGGGAUCGCUACCCAGGAGACGACGAGGACCGGCCCAUCGACCCCUUCGGACCUUCGAACCCCAAUUUCUGGUACUGGAAAAAGACCAGGAAGUACAUGUACAUGCGCCGGGAUUACGCUUACGAGCUGAUAAAACUCAACACCAAAACAGCGAUCGACCAUGCGUUAGAUGACACAUGGUCUCUCUUACGAAUGGAUCCCGAGGAUCAUCUGGGGAUGCGCUGUAUCAUGCCCUGGCUCUUCCUCCGCUUGAAACGCGACCGAGAAUGCUACGACUUCUGCAAGUGGUGGGUUACCGAAGCCAAAGACAGCGAUUGGGACUGGCAGUCCGAGGAUACACCCCUGACUUUUGAAGACGCUUUUGAGUCGGCUGAAGUCUUCGAAAGGAUCAGAGAUUACGGCGCAGCCCCUGCUACAUUCUCCGACCUGUCGUUCCUCCUUGCCGUCUUGCUGCUCAAGAUACGCAUGCGUCAGGAUCUCGAAAUGCUGCGAAUCUGUAGUAAUGACAGCUUCUCGCAGUGGAGCUUGAGUAGCAUCGUGUUGGAUUUCCACAAUGACCCUGAAAGAGAGGACGACCGUGAAGGAGAGGACUACCAUGAGGGAAAAGAAUACUCGCCGCUUCUUAAAGAGGUGGAGAACCAGAUCAGAAGGCUCUAUCGUGCCGUUGGCAGAGCCAACAAACACUUCUGGCCUGCAUUCAUGAAUCCAUGGACUCAUCUCGAGGCCAAACCGUCAUCUUAUGGGCUGGGCGAUGAAGCGGAGAUGCAGAUUAAGUUGCAGGAGUGCUUCAAUGCUUGGGUGGAGACAGAAGACGCUAUUGGACCGAUCCAUGAUCUGAUGGAAGGUGACGAUGUGCAUUGGUACUCCAUGAGCGGAGUCUGA